AUCACUUAUUUAAUUAGAUAUAUUUUAAAUUUGUUUUUAUUUUCAACUAAUUUAUAUAAUUUAUUUAUUAAGAGUAUAAAUGAUUUAUUAUUAAUAUUAAUCACUUUUUUAAUCAUAUAGAUUUGAAAUUCGUUUUUAUUUUUUGACUAAUUUACAUAAUUAUUCAUUUAGGAUAUAAAAGAUAUUAAUCGCUCUAACUUUUAACUUGAAAGCUCCGUUGCAAAAUUUUACUUCGCAAAUAAUAGUAUAGAUAUAUAUACUUAUAUUUUAUGAAUUACCGCUUUUACAGUAGUAUCGUUUUACUAAAAUACCACUGAGUUGGAUUUUCUUGAUAAGCAUAACAAAAUUUCACAGAUGAAAUCCGGAAGUAAUAGAAAGAACUGUAAUCGACAGAAAAGGGGUUUGGAUUUUUGAUGAAUAGUACAUGAGCGGUCAGGGUUACAUCAAAGUCCGUAAAAGGAAACGUCAGCUUUUUGAACCAGAAAGUUUUUUUUUUUUAGCGUUCCUGAGAGUUUUAUCUACAUGCAAGAGUCUUCGACAGUACACACUGAACAUAGUCAAUAUUAAGACCACAUUCAGUCUCCACUUGUCGAAACACAAACGCACAUGCAUUGGGUACACUUAUAUUUUGUAUGUAAGCAGUGAUCCUGCCCACAUUCAAAGACGACAAUGAACAGAGCUCGAAUUUGGGGGUAAAAGAAAAAGGAAGCCGAAAUUGAAUUCUCUUCCUGAUUUGAUUACCAUGAUUUUUGUUAUUGAAAGUAUAGUUAGUUAUAGGAAAAUAAUUAUUUAAUCCUAAGUAAGUCACUUUUGUGCAUUGUGCUAAUAUAUAGAGUUAUUUUUUUUUGUAACUGAGCUAAUAUAUAGAGUUCAUAUAUGAAAUAUGACUAUAAGGAUAUACCUUUCCACGUAGACCAACGUUACGAGAGUUAGCUCUAUAAAUACAAGCGAAAACGGUUUAGUUUGCAACAUCAACAAAACUCAGCUUUAAAGAACUACAUCUUUCAAAAAUUCCAAAAGACAAAAAACAAAUAAAAAUGAAGGUGCAUUUUUUCAUCCUCCUUUUGAUAGUCUCAUGGUUGUCCAAGAAGAUUACUUCUCUUCCUCCUGAAUCACGAGUACUCGGUCGUCGUAGUUUUCCCCAUAAUUUUGUUUUUGGAACUGCUGCAUCUGCUUUUCAGUACGAAGGUGCAACAAGUGUAGGUGGAAAAUCGCCAAGUAUAUGGGAUUACUUCAGCCACACUUUUCCAGAAAGAACAAAUAUGCAGAAUGGAGAUGUAGCGGUCGACUUUUACCAUCGUUAUAAGGAUGACAUAAAGUUGAUGAAAGAGCUUAAUAUGGACGCUUUCAGAUUUUCGAUUUCGUGGGCCAGAUUAAUACCCAGUGGCAAGGUAAAGGAUGGAGUAAACAAAGAAGGUGUACAAUUCUACAAUGCUCUCAUCGACGAGCUUAUAGCUAAUGGCAUUCAACCUUCGAUGUCCCUCUAUCAUUGGGAUCAUCCUCAAGUUCUCGAGGAUGAGUAUGGUGGUUUUCUAAGCCCUCAAAUAAUAGAAGAUUUUCGAGAUUUUUCAAGAGUGUGUUUUGAAGAAUUCGGAGACAGAGUUAAGAUGUGGACUACCAUAAACGAGCCUUACAUCAUAACUGUUGCGGGCUAUGAUACGGGCAACAAAGCAGUUGGACGUUGCUCGAAAUGGGUGAAUAGUCAGUGUAAAGCCGGUGAUUCGGCUACCGAGCCUUAUAUUGCAUCCCAUCACCUUCUUCUUGCUCAUGCCGCAGCUGUGCAUGAGUUCCGGAAAUGUAACAAGACUUCACAAGAUGGUCAGAUUGGGAUAGUGUUAUCGCCCUUGUGGUUUGAGCCUUAUGACUCUACUUCUCUUGAAGAUAACGAAGCUGUAAAGCGAGCUCUUCAAAGCAAAAUAGAUUUUAGGCAUUUAGAUCCAGUUAUCCACGGAGAUUAUCCAGAAACACUAAAGAAACAAGUCGGAAAGAGAUUACCUUCUUUCACCGCAGAACAAUCCAGAAUGUUAAAAAAUUCAUCGGAUUUCGUGGGAGUAAACUAUUAUACUGCACGCUACAUUGCUCAUCUUCCUCACGUUGACCCUGCACGACCUCGAUUCAAGACUGAUCAACAGUUGGAAUGGAGAGUAACAAAUCACAGUAAUCACCAAAUAGGACCAGAGGAAGAUCGAGGCAUACUCCACUCAGUACCAGAAGGUUUACGAAAAGUUCUUAACUACAUCAAAGAUAAAUACAAUAACCCUACAGUUUAUAUUAAAGAGAACGGAAUUAAUGACUACGAAGACGGUACAAAAUCACGAGAGGAUAUUCUCAAGGAUACAUUUAGGAUAAAGUACCACGAGGACCAUCUCGAACAACUCCACAAAGCUAUAAUGGAGGAUGGAUGUGACGUCAGAGGAUAUUACGCAUGGUCUUUACUUGAUAAUUUUGAGUGGGAGCAUGGAUAUUCUACUAGGUUCGGCCUGUAUUAUGUUGACUACGACAACAAUCUCGAGCGGUAUCCCAAAGAUUCCGUUAAUUGGUUCAAAGAAUUUCUCAGUAGAGUUGGCAUAAAGAGUGGUCAAGAAAGAGAGGAAGAACAAGUAUGGUAUGUGUCACGUGAGAGGUCAAGUCAGGAAAAGAAUAACAAGACUCUUGACGAUCCAGAAGGUUUCGAGGCGUCAGUUGGCACGAUUAUGUAUCUCAUGACGAACACAUCGAGAAGAAAAGAAGAAGAGAGAGAUCGUUGCACUUUCGAUAUUCCUUAUACUCGGUUGGAUUUGUUGUUGGGUUCCGAUUCUUCUUUUGGACCCUUGAAAAACAUUUUGUAGAUUAAUCCCAAAUUAGAUUUUUUAGUAUUCAAUGGAAAUUGCUUAUGGGCUAUGUGGCUAUGUAUAAAGAAAAUUGUUGAAUGGAAAUAACAACAAUGAAUGAUACGUACUUACGUAAAAAUGA